UUCAUUCCGUGACAUUGGCUCCGGAGAUAACCAAACAAUUUCGAUUGUCAUUGCUUUUAAAUAAUUGUAGAUUCCAAAUCAUUCCCGGUCAACAUUUCUGUGAUUUAGUCCCCCUCCUAGUCUUAAAAAGUAAUUUCAAACAAUGAGUUUUCUUAAUGUAAUUUUGUGUUUUUCUUUGUCGGUCUUUACAAUUUUGGCUCAUGAAAGCGACGUGUUCACUGUAAAAUAUACCGUAGACAAUUUUUCCGAAGAACUUCCAAAGAAACACCAUUUUGUAAUGUUUUAUGCACCUUGGUGCGGGCACUGUUCAAGAUUGGCACCCACAUGGGAGCAACUGGCAGAAAUGCUCAACGAAGAUGACAGUAAUAUCCGCAUAGCAAAGGUUGAUUGCACUAGUGACUCAAAAAUAUGCUCAGAGCAGGACGUAACAGGUUAUCCCACACUGAAAUUCUUCAAAGUUGGUGAUAAUGAAGGGGUCAAAUUUAGGGGCACCAGAGAUAUGCCUACUUUGACAAAUUUUAUUAAUGAACAACUCAGACAGGGGGAUGAAAUUGAUGGAACUGUAAACAUAGUUCAUGAAAGUCCAUUAAAAGAGCUAACUGGAGAAAACUUUGAUUCCCUUACGGAGAAGGGAAAACAUUUUGUGAAAUUUUAUGCUCCGUGGUGUGGUCAUUGUCAGAAAUUGGCACCUGUGUGGGAGGAUUUGGCUAAAGCUAUGGAGUUCAAUGAAGAAAUCAACAUUGCAAAGAUUGAUUGCACCAUUCAUAGGCAGGUGUGCAAUAAUUUUGACGUUCGUGGAUACCCAACACUUUUGUGGAUAGAAGACGGCAAGAAAAUUGAUAAAUUCCAAGGCGAAAGGACACUGGAAAACCUCAAAAAUUAUGUUAACAAAAUGGCGGGGACGGUGCCGGAGAAAAAAGAGGAGCCGCCAAAGGAAAACAUUGAACAAGAAGAAGUUUCGAUUUUGGAGUUAAAUGCCGACAAUUUUGGUGAGGGCGUCAAGUCUGGCCUGACUUUUGUGGAGUUUUUCUCGCCAUGGUGCGGACACUGCAAGAGGCUGGCGCCGACUUGGGAAAAUUUGGGUAAAAAGUUCCAUAAGUAUGGUGGCGUUACCAUCGCCAAAGUGGACUGCACUGCGGAUGGCAAUAGGGAAUUUUGCAACCAACAAGAGAUUGAAGGCUUUCCAUCGCUUUUCCUGUACAAAGACGGAGAGAAAAUUUCAGAAUACAGUGGGAGCAGAUCUUUGGAGGACUUAUUUGAUUUCGUUAAUCAGCACCUCGUUCACGACGAGCUGUGAAUGGCACGCUGGUUUUUGGUGUGUACAUGUUAAAUAGCGAACUUAAUUUUUGUGAUAUAAGGUACUAGUGCAUUAAUCUCAUGAUAUUAGACGCGACGUGACAUGUAAAUCCAGUACAAUAUUCCUUCCAGUUCGAUUUCCAUUACCUUCCGAUUUUCUAGAAGUUUCACUUUGGGUGAAACACAUUUGUUUCCAUUUGUUUUCAGAGUUUCUUUGUUAUUUUUCUAUAUUUGAUUAAAACUUGACGAAUUAAAUGUCUAGCAAAAGUGUCACUUAAUUUUUGUUGUGUCAGAACCCUGAAAACAACCAAAUGUCUAACCCAAUCACCAACUAAGUCGAGUGAGGAGUGCUAGGGUAACCGCGUAAGGUGGGAGAAAAUAAUUCGGGAGUGGGGCGUGUGAAAUUAUAACCUUACAAUAUUAACGUUUUCAUAAUUGUCUUAUAAAUAGUUCAAUUAUAGAGACUUGACACACUUUUAAAGAUAAUUCAAAUCUCAUGAGUGUUGUUUGCAGCACUGUUAAUUAAAUAUCUAUUAUUCUAGCACUCAAAAAAGAGAAGUUAUGUUACUAAUUGCGACCCUCUUGGCUCGAUUUUUGCGAUGCACCGAAUGAACCGAAUUGCAUCAAAUUAGAAUUUGUUCCAAUUUCAGGCAAAUAGUUUUAGCGACUUGAUAAUUUUUAGGCGAUUUUGAAAUUGGAACGUAAUUCAAUUUAGAGUAUUUUACAAAAAACUUGAUGAGAAGCACGAAAAAAAAAAGUCACGUGAUCCAUAUAUUCACAGAUCAAAAAAUUUCGACCAAACAGCUUAGGUUGGUUUGUUAGUCUACUUAAUUUUUGUGAUAUAAGAUGCUAGUGCAUUAAUCCCAUGAUAUCCUGUAGAAUACUCCGUCCUUUUCAAUUUCGAUAACCUUCCGAUUUUCUAGGAGUUUUAUUUUGGAUGAAACCCAUUGUUUGUCAUUUGUCUUCAGAGUCCCCUUAUUGUUUUUGUGUAUUUCAUUACAAUUUGGCUAAUUAAAUAUCUAGCAAAAG